AUGUUGGUGACAAUUCGGCUGAUCAAGUCGUUCGAGUUUCGGACAAUCUUUCAUUUGAUUAUCAAAGAUUUUGACACUCUGUUUGAAAGUGGCAGUGCUACUGUCGAUGACCUUAAAGGUUACAUUGAAAAGGAAAUUUGCAAGCAUCCAAUUUAUUCGAAAUGCUUUUUAAAGACCACUUUGGAUACUUUGAAAAUAUAUUACCAGCCACAUGGCACAAAGUCCCAAAACUUGGCGAUAAAUCUGGAUUCCGACGAUACCUUGCUGAUGGGCCCCGGAACGAGAUGCUUGUCCGAGUUUCCGAUUCAAAAUGAGACCGAAAUAUCCUUUUUCAAUGAGGAGGCCUAUUUGAACUUCAAGGCCAACCCUACCUAUAAAUUUCUGGUAAACAAUAUUUUUUUCUGUUUCUAUCGAAUGACUGCUGAUAAAAAGUCCAAGCGGUCCCUAGAGUCCAUCAACUCCAAGCUUGCUCUUGUGAUGAAAAGCGGAAAGGCGUCUCUUGGAUACAGCUCUACACUCAAGUCUAUUCGUCAAGGAAAAUCGAAGCUCAUCAUUCUUGCCUCAAACUGCCCACCUCUUCGCAAGUCCGAGAUAGAAUACUAUGCUAUGCUUUCGCAGACACAUGUGCACCAUUUCAAUGGAAGCAACAUUGAUUUGGGAACUGCGUGUGGAAAAUUCUUCAGAGUCGGUUGUCUUUCAAUUACAGAUUCUGGCGAUGCUGAUCUUGGUUCUGUCUAUGCAUAA